AUGCGAAGCAAACCAGAUGAGGGUGAAGAGCCCCACGGGUGUCACUGCAUAUAUACAAGGAGCACAGCGCCCGCAAACUCCCGCGUCCGUUUGUUGCACUCGCUGCUUGUCAUACUGCUAUCUUGGAGCUCUCUGUUCGGUGGCGUCUCCGCACAUGGUCAUCGAUCAGCGCUGCUGCUGCCCGUUGUGCCUGAGCAAGACACCCUAGCGUGGAAGGGAUCGCCUCUGCUCCUCGACAACCGUCCACCGCCGCUGAUUCCACUAUUCAUGCCUUCUCUACAUAUCGUCCAUGAUGCAUCCAAAGCGCUGUCUGCGCCGCCCUCCAAGCGCUCCAUCACAACCGAUCCAAAGGUCUCGGCAACCGCCUUUACUGUCCCGUCGGCCUUUGAUACGGGCAUGUCGAAUAAUUUCUCUACUUCUUGCUCCGCCUACUUGAACCGCCUGAGACAGAACAAAGACUUCAAUGACUGCCAUCCGUUCUCUUUGCUCCUACAGACUUCAAGUGGCUUCUUCGACGCGUCGAGAUCGUUUCUACGCAUAACCCAGACCUUGGACGCGACUUGUGGUGUCAAUGUAAAACAAUGCACGGCAACAUUGGACGGUCUCGCGCGGGAAUUGGUGACCGACACCGCAUGCAAAACAGACUACGACAACGACAAUCCUAUUGUUCUGCAGGCGUACAAUGGCCUUAUAGCGUACGAGGCGUCCUACCAGGCCAGUUGCUUGAAGAGCGACACAGGAAACUACUGUUUCGCAGACGCCGUCAGCAACACAACAUCCACCACAGACUCAUACCCCUACUACCUGCCCAUCGGCCAGAUUCUUCCCGGCGGAUCGCGUCCAACCUGCAAUACGUGCUUACAAGACGCCAUGGCCAUCUUCGCAUCCUUCGCCGGCAAUCACACACAGCCCAUCAGCAAAACGUACACGUCCGCCGCGCAACAACUCGCGAUUUCCUGCGGCAAGGAUUUCGUCAGCACCACGGCUGCACCGCUGAAAGGCGCUGCUACGACUUCCACACCGGCGGCCUUGACGCCUACAUUAACACUGCUUCUAAUGUUUAUACUCUACUUCUUCCAGUGA